AUGUCACUAAACGUGCUACCAGCUCCUGUUGACGAGGCCACGCUCAAGGCCCGCUUGGAGCACUUGGACAAAUUCGAAGCCCAGCUCGCCGGGAGCAUCCAAUGGCAAGAAUGCGAGUCUGCAGCUGCGUACCGGAAGAUGCGGCGAGAAGGAUUGAAUGGGUUCACAGCACCUACUUUGAACCCUCAAGCUCGCACUGCGGAUAUCUCCGGACGGGAUGGAAAUCAGAUUCAAUUAAGGAUCAUUGCGCCGCAGAACCAGCCGAGCAGAGGCGUUUGGCUGCAUUUCCACGCAGGCGGCUUCGUUAUUGGUAGCAAUGCCUCCUACGACCCCUAUUUGACCUCUUUAUCCGAUCGUCUCGGCUUGACCAUGGUCUCUGUUGAAUACCGACUAGCACCGGAGAACUCUUUCCCGGCGCCGCUGCAUGAUUGCGUGGACGCGGCGCUGUACGCGCUCAGCCCAGCGGGCGAGAAAGAGCUCGGUGCACCACUGAGGAUUCUCGGCGGCGAGUCCGCCGGGGGCUGGCUAGCAGUGUCGACGGGACUCUCCCUGCGUCGAGACCACGGGAUCGACGUGCGGUCGAGGUUGGAUGCGAUCGUGGCGGGAUAUGGCAUCUAUGAUCUAACUUAUACGCCCUCUCUGCUCGAGCACACGCGCAACAUCGUGCUGGGUCGACAGGGUAUGAUGGACUUUUGCGAGGCCGGGUUUGGCCAUAUCCCCAUGGCGAAGAGGAAGGAUCCGCUUGUUUCUCCUCUGUAUGCGGAUUUGAAGGAGAUGCCGGCGGCGCUAUUCCUGGCGGGGAGGAUUGAGCCCUUGGUUGAUGAUAGUGUUUUUAUGGCGGCUAGGUGGCAGCAGGCUGGGAAUGGGGCGGAGCUGAGUGUGGUUGAUGGGGCGUGUCAUGCCUUUACUAUUAUUCCGAUGGGGGAGGUGACUGGGGAGGGUUUGGAUAUUAUUGUUGAAUUUGUGCUACGGAAUUCGAGGCAAUGA